AUGGAUGCGUCCCUCUUUCAGUUCUUCAUAGAGGAAUUCGGCGACACCAACUGUACUCUUAUGGAUGCUUUUCAGGACACUUUAUACGAGAAUUCGUCAUUCGCGUCGAUGAGUGUCGACGGUUUCUAUUGUAACGCCACCACGGAUGAAAUCGGAACUUGCUGGCCAAGAAGCAACUCUGGACGAAUAAUUGAGCGACCGUGUCCGGAGUUCAUUAACGGCGUCAAAUACAACACCACUAGAAUUGCUUACAGAGAGUGCUUGGACAAUGGCACAUGGGCACUGAAAAGUAACUACUCCAACUGUGAGCCCAUUUUAGAGGAGAAGGUGGGUGAAUGUGCUCUAAGCCUGAACUUUAUAUUAUUUCUAUUUCUAAGGAGCAUCCGAUGCCUUCGCAACAUAAUCCACUGGAACUUAAUUACGACUUUCAUUCUGAGGAAUGUAAUGUGGUUUUUGCUUCAGCUGAUUGACCAAAACAUUUAUGAGACGAAUGAGCCCUGGUGUCGUCUUAUAACAACAAUCUAUAAUUACUUUGUGGUGACCAAUUUUUUCUGGAUGUUUGUGGAGGGCUGCUAUCUUCACACGGCUAUUGUGAUGACAUAUUCCACAGACAAGCUUCGAAAAUGGGUCUUCCUCUUCAUUGGAUGGUGUAUACCAUGUCCGAUAAUUAUAGCUUGGGCCAUUGGAAAACUUUACAAUGAAAACGAACAAUGCUGGUUUGGGAAGGAACCUGGAAAGUACAUAGACUACAUUUAUCAGGGGCCCGUGAUUUUAGUUCUUCUUAUAAAUUUUGUGUUCCUUUUCAACAUUGUGCGCAUUUUAAUGACAAAACUGAGGGCUUCAACCACAUCAGAAACAAUACAAUACAGGAAAGCGGUGAAGGCCACUCUAGUGCUUCUGCCUUUACUCGGUAUCACAUACAUGCUGUUUUUUGUGAACCCAGGCGAGGAUGACAUAUCUCAGAUUGUAUUCAUCUAUUUCAACUCAUUUCUCCAGUCCUUUCAGGGAUUCUUUGUGUCGGUAUUUUACUGCUUUCUUAAUGGGGAGGUGAGUCAAUCAUCCAGAAAAUUCCAUCAAUGGUGA